AUGGCUUCUCCAGCGAGUCACAAGCCGAGGCGGCGGCGAAAGAUUGAAGAGGGCUCUCUCGCCUAUGUUGCCCACGGUACUCUUGACCUCGAUCAGAACACCAAUGCCCGCACGCCUGCCUUCCCUCUGGUUGCCUUCCUCUGGCCCGCCAAGGGCACCGUCUCGCAAUGGGUCACGAUUCCUCUUAUCCUGAUGGCCGUUGGCCUCUUCCGCUGGGCAGUCGGCCUCUGGGGCUACUCAGGCUUUCAGAGCCCUCCGAUGCAUGGCGACUUUGAAGCGCAGCGGCACUGGAUGGAGUUGACGACACACUUGCCUGUGUCCAAGUGGUACUUCUAUGACCUGCAAUGGUGGGGCUUAGACUACCCACCAUUGACUGCCUACCACAGUUGGAUUUUGGGCAUCAUUGGCUCUACCAUUGAUCCCGCCUGGUUUGCACUGGACGAAUCGCGCGGCCUCGACGACCCGUCCCUCAAGAUUUAUAUGCGCGCCACCGUAUUUGCAUCAGAGUACCUCAUCUAUGUACCCGCUGUGGUCAUCUUCCUCCGCCAUUACGCGCGCCUCCAAGGCGUAAACAUUUGGGAGUCCUCGAUUGCCCUGGUCGCGAUUCUAAUGCAACCUGGUGUCAUCCUAAUCGACCAUGGCCACUUUCAAUAUAAUACAGUGAUGCUGGGGUUCGCAGUCGCAACCCUGUCCAGUAUGGUAGCUGGUAGGCCAUUAUGGGCAUGUGUCUUCUUUGUGGGCGCCCUUGGCUUCAAGCAAAUGGCUCUCUUCUAUGCGCCUGCCGUGUUUGCCUAUCUUCUGGGCAUAUGCGUCUUUCCGAGGAUCAACAUUGUGCGCUUGAUUGCCAUUGCGCUGACUACCAUUGCAGCAUUCGCUGUACUAUUCCUCCCGUUCCUGUUAGGUGUUGCGUACGAUUCGCACAAGGGCUUCUCGUUUAAUCAUCUCGAAACGCCGUUCAUGUCCGUAAGAUGGUUCAUGACACCUUGGAACAUGAAUGCCUGGUACUACCCAUUUGUUCUAGAACUGGCCCAGUCUAUCCACCGCAUCUUCCCCUUCUCGAGGGGCCUUUUCGAGGACAAAGUUGCCAAUAUCUGGUGCACGAUCCACACGUUCCAUAAACUCCACAGAUAUCCUAUCCAGCUCCUGCAGCGAUUGGCCCUGGUCGCUACGUCUGCUGCUAUCCUACCACCAUGUCUCAUCCUCUUUCUUAAACCGAAGAAGCAAUUGCUUCCCGUUGCGUUUGCAGCAGUAUCGUGGGGCUUCUUUCUCUGUUCCUAUCAGGUUCACGAAAAAAAUGUCUUGUUACCGCUAAUGCCCAUGACUCUGCUUUUGAGUGGAAAGGAGGGCUUGCUACCAUCGACUCGCGCCUGGGUUGGGCUCGCAAACAUGCUAGGCGUUUGGACCAUGUUCCCCUUGCUAAAAAGAGACGAGCUUAGGAUACCCUACUUUGUUAUAUCUUUACUUUGGGCCUAUCUACUUGGUCUUCCUCCAGUCUCUUUUUCGGCCUAUUACGAAGGCAGUCGCAGCGGAAUACACCUUAUGAGUAAGAUUAUCCAUCUCAGCAUCUACGUCGCCAUGGUCGGAUGGCAUGUUGUCGAAGCUUUCUUGCCUCCACCCGCGGGUAAACCGGACCUGUGGGUAGUGGCAAAUGCAAUCGUCGGCACAGGCGGAUUUGGCAUCUGCUAUCUAUGGUGUCUGUGGCGACUCGUAGCGCAGAGCGAGUUGGUUGGUAAAGUAAAAAGCAAGACCUUGUAG